AUGCAGCCACACGAAAGCCCCUCUAGGGCAGAAGACACGGAGACAGGAUCAGUAAGAGGUUGGCUCUUACCUUCAGCAGAUAGCGAUUCUAUAAUAUUGACACAGUCAAUACCACAGCAGCCUUCCGAGUUAUACUCAACAGCGGCUGUCUCCUCAGCUCGUAGGGAGUCUUCUCAAUGGACUGCUGGGGACUCCAGUACAACACAGUCACGAGGUAGGGGCCCCCAACGAAAGUCUCCUCGGGGGGGCCCCAAGGGCCCGCGUAGGCCCCCAAGGGGCAACACGUUCCCUAAGAGGGACAAACCUUUCCCCAAUGGGGACCCGGUGGGCCCCGUCUUGCCGGGCAAGGGGCCCUACAGCAGGAAGGUUGUGUUGAGUUUGUCUGUCCUCAUUGCCAUUAUGACAGUUCUUCUUAAUGGUCUAAGAACCCGCAGUGACCUGCUGCUGCUGCAGCAACAGCAGCAACAGCAGCAACGGGUGGCAACGAAGCAACUGUGGCAGGAGGAGCCCAGUUUCUCCUCCUCCCAAGAGGAAGAAGAAGGGACUUCUACCUCUUUUGAAGACCACAAAUUAAGCAGGGAAACAGCAAUAGAUGAAGAAGAAGGAGAUGAGGUUGAUGAUGAGAGCAGGGGAGAAGCCCUGGAUCCUUCUGUUACCUCGGUUGUCACAGACGGUUCCACUGAAGUGACGGUGACAUCGGCGCGGCUGGUGCAGUUUGUAUUGGAUACUUCUCGUGCUUCACUGAUAAAGGAAUCAGGGGAAAAGCUGGGCGAGUUUGCGGAGACACUAGAUCUAAGGAAGCACAGGGACCGUACAGCAGAGGAGGGUUUAGCGUUAUUGGUGCAGCAGCAGCAGCAACAGCAACAGCAGCAACAGCAGGUGUAUACACUCGAGCAAGACCGCAAGAUCGAGGCGGCUAUAUCGAUUCUUUCUUCUCAUAGCAAAGAGGAGACAGAAGGAGAGGGACAGCAGCAAAGGUUCUGGGUAACAGGUUUCCAUUGCCCUGCAGCAGCAACAGCAGGAACAGCAGCAGCAGGAGCAGCAGGUGCAGCAGCAGCAGCCAAUGGAGCAGCAGCAGAUGCCGAGUUCUGCUGGCGACGAGUCCUGGGGGUAAGCAACAUCUCUGUUACUUUCGAGGUUGUCCCUUUGGGGCCCCCACACCUUAAGGAGACACUUGGUGAGGGGCCCCUCGCCAUGACGCUGCUGCUGCAGCAGCAAGAUGAAACAGGAAGAGACACUAGCACAGAAGACAGUGAUGAAGAAGAAGACGGUACAUUAACAGAUUUAAGUUCUUUCUUCCCCCAUGAAGGAGACUUACUCCCCCCUCCCCCUUAUGUUAGUCAGUUUCUUUAUCCUACAUCUGCUGCAGCAGCAGGUGCAGCAGAAGCAGCAGCAGAAGCAGAAGCAGCAGCAGAAGCAGAAGCAGCAGCAGAAGCAGAAGCAGCAGCAGACGUACAGUCUCAGGAGAUAGCCGCAGACGCACCCUGUUUUUAUCCGCUGCAGCAGGAGGGCUCCAAAGUGUCUCCUGACGAAUUGGACCGACAGGCGGCAGGCAAGACGGGAGAGAUGAGAGGAGACACACAGUUUGAGGAGACAACACAGAGAGAGGAGACACAGGAAACAGAGGAGACAGAAGAAGACCCCUCAGUUGAAGCUGAAGUGAUGCCCCAGGUGGUGGCAGCAGCAGCAGCAGCAGCCAGGAGACAGUUGGGGUUUGUUAAGACAGAAGAGAAAAAGGGGACAAUGGAGACGGAGGAGGCAGAGGGAGCUGUAAGGGAGACAAACAGUGAGACUUCUGACGAGGGAAAGACGUCAGUGACGGAGGAGACAAUGGAAGAAACACAGGAGGCGAAGGUACAACAACGUGAAGCUGAGGAGACACCUGAGGAGACACCUGGGGAGACAUCUGAUGAGAUACCUGAGGGGACAUAUGAGGAUACAUAUGAGGACAUAUCUGAGGAGGCAGCUGAGGAGACAGAAGACAGGCCUCGUCGGGGCUCGUUGGAGGGUGGCUUAUUAGCUGCUUUACAGCAUCAAGGGGAGACAGGUGAGGAGACAGCAGAGAGGACAGCAGUAUUAUUACCUCUAUACGAGGGCCGUUUAGGCGCAACAGCAGCAGAAGGAGACAUAGGAGGGACAGAUACAGCAUUCUUUGAUAGAAGGGUCUGGUUCUCUCAUUUGAAGGCAGCAGAUCUACGACAGAUGCUGCAGCAGCGGGAGGAGGAGACAGGGCAACCGUUCCCGCUGCAGCUACAGUUAUAUGUAUUUAAGAGGGCAUUAUUGUCUCUCGGGUCUCUUCAUCAAGCAGGACAAUUACAUAAUAAUCUUCAAUUAGAGAGUAUAGCUGUCUCCUCCUCUGGUGUCCCCUAUCUCUCGGAGCUCAAGGCAUCAGGGAGACCAGGGCAGCAAACAGAACCCCCUAAUGCCUUUGUUGUCUCCCCUGAGCAGCUUGUUGCUGUGCAGCAAGGAGACGCCGUCACCAACACGGAGGAGACAGAUGCAUGGCAAUUAGGGACACUUUUCUUUACCGUACUUACAGGCAAACGUCCGUACACCAAGGAGCAACAAGCACACUUCGCUAGGGCAUUGAGGGAAGCAGCAAAGAUUGAUGCAGCAGCAGCACCUGCUGCUGCUGCCGCCGCUGCUGCUGCUGCUGCCCUCGCUCCUCAUAUAGAAACAGGGACAGAGACAGAAUCCUCUCCCUCUAAGGGGCAAAAAGGUGACCUUACUCUCGCUCAGGUGUAUGCGUCUCCUUAUGUAGCGCUAAGAGACAAAGGAGUCGACGAGACAUGGGCAAUCCUUAUAAGCAGUCUCCUACAUCCAGACCCCCGCAUACGGCCUACUAUAAGGCAGGCCAUUGCUGCCUUUCGGCAUCUAUUUAGUGCCCCUCCUGCCGCUGAUGGGGCACCAGAGCAAUACAACUAG